AUGGAUGAUGAUGAUGAUGAUGAUGAUGAUGAUGAUGAUGAUGAUGAUGAUGAUGAUGAUGAUGAUGAUGAUGAUGAUGAUGAUGAUGAUGAUGAUGAUGAUGAUGAUGAUGAUGAUGAUGAUGAUGAUGAUGAUGAUGAUGAUGAUGAUGAUGAUGAUGAUGAUGAUGAUGAUGAUGAUGAUGAUGAUGAUGAUGAUGAUGAUGAUGAUGAUGAUGAUGAUGAUGAUGAUGAUGAUGAUGAUGAUGAUGAUGAUGAUGAUGAUGAUGAUGAUGAUGAUGAUGAUGAUGAUGAUGAUGAUGAUGAUGAUGAUGAUGAUGAUGAUGAUGAUGAUGAUGAUGAUGAUGAUGAUGAUGAUGAUGAUGAUGAUGAUGAUGAUGCUGAUGAUGAUGAUGAUGAUGAUGAUGAUGAUGAUGAUGAUGAUGAUGAUGAUGAUGAUGAUGAUGAUGAUGAUGAUGAUGAUGAUGAUGAUGAUGAUGAUGAUGAUGAUGAUGAUGAUGAUGAUGAUGAUGAUGAUGAUGAUGAUGAUGAUGAUGAUGAUGAUGAUGAUGAUGAUGAUGAUGAUGAUGAUGAUGAUGAUGAUGAUGAUGAUGAUGAUGAUGAUGAUGAUGAUGAUGAUGAUGAUGAUGAUGAUGAUGAUGAUGAUGAUGAUGAUGAUGAUGAUGAUGAUGAUGAUGAUGAUGAUGAUGAUGAUGAUGAUGAUGAUGAUGAUGAUGAUGAUGAUGAUGAUGAUGAUGAUGAUGAUGAUGAUGAUUCGGAUGAUGAUGAUGAUGAUGAUGAUGAUGAUGAUGAUGAUGAUGAUGAUGAUGAUGAUGAUGAUGAUGAUGAUGAUGAUGAUGAUGAUGAUGAUGAUGAUGAUGAUGAUGAUGAUGAUGAUGAUGAUGAUGAUGAUGAUGAUGAUGAUGAUGAUGAUGAUGAUGAUGAUGAUGAUGAUGAUGAUGAUGAUGAUGAUGAUGAUGAUGAUGAUGAUGAUGAUGAUGAUGAUGAUGAUGAUGAUGAUGAUGAUGAUGAUGAUGAUGAUGAUGAUGAUGAUGAUGAUGAUGAUGAUGAUGAUGAUGAUGAUGAUGAUGAUGAUGAUGAUGAUGAUGAUGAUGAUGAUGAUGAUGAUGAUGAUGAUGAUGAUGAUGAUGAUGAUGAUGAUGAUGAUGAUGAUGAUGAUGAUGAUGAUGAUGAUGAUGAUGAUGAUGAUGAUGAUGAUGAUGAUGAUGAUGAUGAUGAUGAUGAUGAUGAUGAUGAUGAUGAUGAUGAUGAUGAUGAUGAUGAUGAUGAUGAUGAUGAUGAUGAUGAUGAUGAUGAUGAUGAUGAUGAUGAUGAUGAUGAUGAUGAUGAUGAUGAUGAUGAUGAUGAUGAUGAUGAUGAUGAUGAUGAUGAUGAUGAUGAUGAUGAUGAUGAUGAUGAUGAUGAUGAUGAUGAUGAUGAUGAUGAUGAUGAUGAUGAUGAUGAUGAUGAUGAUGAUGAUGAUGAUGAUGAUGAUGAUGAUGAUGAUGAUGAUGAUGAUGAUGAUGAUGAUGAUGAUGAUGAUGAUGAUGAUGAUGAUGAUGAUGAUGAUGAUGAUGAUGAUGAUGAUGAUGAUGAUGAUGAUGAUGAUGAUGAUGAUGAUGAUGAUGAUGAUGAUGAUGAUGAUGAUUGA